AGUCAGUUCACGCGCGGAGCGACUCUUUAAAACACUCCACAGAGAUCAAACACAACACAUCACAGAGAUCAAACAACACUUAACAGCGUUACUAUUAUAAUAUACUACUCUAUUGAGCUGUUUCAGGAUGUUUAGUUGUAUGUGAUGAUGUGAUGGGUCAGUCGGGUGUGUGGAAAUGUUUCACAUGACCCCUGACCUCUACUGUUCGACCCAAUACAAGACACCAUGCCCCUGAUCCUGUGACUAUGAAUGUACACAUGCACAACAGUCGGACGCCUCUUUACAGGCUGAACGGCUAUGAGAACCCACACUCUGAAGACGAUCUACAGUCUCUCAGUCUUGAGGAAAGGGAGUGUAUUUUGUUCUUUGAAAACACUAUUGGCUCUAUAGAGGAGGAGAUCGAGAACGAAGGAGUGGGAACAUCUGCACGUAACCACACACCUGCAGAGGUUCGUCCACGCUCAUACACCACCCCGACCCUGAGAGACCAUGACAUCAUCGAUCUGGUGCACAGUGAACCCAGCAGGCAUACAAACGUCACGUCAGAUUUCCAAAGGCCCCCUGAGACCAAUUUUGAGAGGAAGCCCAACCGUGAGCCCUUCUUGAACACGUCAACCCUAGUAUCAGAGGAAGGUGGACAUCAACCCCCGCCUGGUUCUGUUCCCACCCCUGUCAUCAUCGCCAGUAAGAUUUCAGAGCACAAAGGUGCCAGCGGCACUUCCACAUCACCUUCAUUUCUGCUGCAGCACAGGCGCAGUCUGGAGCUUCCGGGGAGCCCUUCUGCCAAACACGGCCCUCCGACUCACGCUAAGCCUACGCAUCUCCCCGACAACAUCAGCGUGUUGCUCGGCAGCCGGGAAAACCUUUCCCAUUCCAUCGCUGCGGAAGCUGUCGACGUGCAGGGGCGCCGGGCCCAGGUGCUAUCUAACCUCAGCGGCUCUGCGCACCCUCUAGAUAGAGGAGAGCCGUCCUGUAUCCGCAACCUUCCCACGCGAAGCGUGUCGUUUCAACAACCGACAGCGGACAAGUCUAGGAUGGAGGCGCUUUCAAAACUUGGACUAGCUCAGAGGCGAACGCAAUCGGUCAUGCAGCCCUCUGCAAGAGACUUAAACAAGGACAACAGCGCCCCUAGGACAGCUCCCAGAAGUAACAACACGCUGCCACACACCUCCGACACUAUCAGUAGUGUGAAUGAGCCCAGAAUUCCUAGAAGUGCCCCGGCCAGUAACCGUAACACAGCCAGCGCAUCUAACGUUGCUGCUAAAGUCCAUGGCAUGGAUACCACAGAUCAUUCCCUGACCAAUAGCACCGCCGGCAGACACGACAAGUCUGGCGAAACGCCGGCACUGAAAAGCGCUGAAAUCACGCACAGCGAUUUUAACAGCUUUGGUGGUAAGAGCAUCAGCUUAAACCCUACAACAUCUUUUAAGAGCGAGCAACUCCCACUUCACAACGCUACAGCGACGACUUCACCUACAUCAGAAGCUCGAGAAAUCCAUCUCAAUAGCUUCGGUGGUUGGUCCAGAGUCAUGACGCCAUCUGUUGUGCACAGAGACGAUCCGAACCGUGGAUCCAGCAGCUAUAGCCGAUCAGCCCCCGACACAAGCCACAUGCAUAGCUCACCGAACAGUUAUGGAGCCAGAUCCAAGACCUUCUCGCCAGUAAAAGAGGUUACGAGCUCCCACCAAGGAAGCAGGACAAUAGAUGAAGACUCGCCUACAAGAGACGUGACAUCUUUACACCUCAGACCACCCUCUCAGCCGGCUGCUAAACAACCUCCAUCAACGGCCCAGAGACCUCCACGUCAGUCCACUCCUCCAAACCCCACCAGGCCGAAACCCACUCCCUCAUCCUCAGAGCUUCACCCCAAAUCUACGCCGAAACCAUCCUUUCGCACCCAAGGGGUAACAGUCCAGUUCUCUGGGAAAGGAGCAACUGACGAGGCUAGACGUGAUGCUCUACGCAGACUUGGACUGCUCAAAGGGAGCCCAUAAAAGAUCACACCCAUAUAUUCAGGAACCAGAAACUCUACCAGGUGUCAGUUGCUUAAAUGUUGAUCAUAUUUUUAGUUAUGGAUGGCCUUCAAAGGACAGACAUGCUUUUUUGCCCCAUAAUAUCCCCCUGGAAGAAAUCUCAUGUUGAAUUAAAAUAACAUAGAAAAGAAGCAUGCCCCAAACACCCAUCUUUCAAACAACUCCCGUUAUCUGCAACUCUUCGGUUCCCUGGGAUCAAACCCAUGUCAUUAGUGUUGUUGGUGCAAAGCUCUUCUACUUGAGCUACAGGAACAUUUGCAAAUCUGUCUCUUUUGUUCUCGUUUUUGAUGUGCUAUGUUGUAGCCAUCAGCUUUGAAAGACAAAUACGCUGGAGAUCCGUCCUCUGUGUGCAGCUUCCAGUCGUGUGGUGACAGAAUCAUGGUUAACAAAUCCAGAAGUUCACAGUUAUAGCCGGGUGGUUGUUUAUUGUGUUUCUCUUGUUUUAUGUGCCCAUCAGUUUCAAAAGACUAAUAUGCCACAAGAUCUGUUUUCUGUGUGCGCUCUCCAGCGGCUUGGUGGUAGAUAAUGCGAACAAAGGGGUUCUACUCCAAAUUGCUCACAUGCGCACAGGCAAGUAAGCCUACUCACGGGCCAUGACCGCAUGGUGGAUUGUUUGGGUUGCAUCACCCUGGCUUUCGAAAGAAUUGUUGCGGGGGCUAUAAAGUCAGCACAAAAUUUCUGCGACGCUAAACUAAUAGAAUACAAUACUGCGCAUUCUAAACUCACGACAAUGCUUUUAUCACAUACAUAUCACAAAAAUGUGCUUUUAGUGUUUUAGUCUUGUUAGUGUGUAGUAGUGUGUAAGCCAGUAUGGAUUUAGUUAACUUACUAAAGUUCGUUUUUUCAGUGUUUUAGUUUUGAUAGUAUGCAAAGUUUCUUUAAUGACUUAAUUUAUUUUAGUCUCACUAGUGUACAAAGUAAGUAUGCAAAGUAUGCAUAUUCUUUAACACAUUUAGAUACUUUCUAAAGCAGGGGUCUCCAAACUUUUUGUGAGCAAGGGCUACCACAAUGGAUAAAACAAUCUGGAGGGCUACUUUUUGAUAUAGUCUAUAAAACGUUUUUGUUUUACUUAUAGAUUUUAUUUUAUUUUUCUUGUUGAUAUGUUUUGGUAUUGUUUAAAAUGUUAACAUACGUAAACCAAGCCAAGCUAAUACAAAAAAUAUGUAAUAAAUAAAUAUUACAAUUGAGACUAUUAAUAGAAUGUGCUGUGGCGGACACCUCACAGACUCUGUGCGGACACCACGUUGGAGACCUGUGUUCUAAAGCUUUACUGUUUGUAGUCUUUCUAGUAAGCGGAGUAAACAAAGUUUUUACUAGCUCAGUUUUUUUACAGUGCUUUUUAUGUCUUGCGUGUGAGAAAGUCUGUUUAGACACUUGAUGGUUUCGUUGGUAAUUAGUCAGCUUCUGGAAAAGUUUUACGUAGUUUGGGUGAAUCUGGAUAAUGCUCAGGGAAUUUUCACAUAAGGAUUUGUACUCAUGUAGCAUAUCAAGAUUUUUGGCAACAGUGCUAUUAGACUGUUUUAUAUCUGUCUAUUUAUAAAAUAUUUCACAUCGUCUGUAAACAUGGAGGUAGUUUAUAAAUUUUAAACUGACCAAAUGUAAGUGGAGGAUUAUGAUGUAUUUAUUCUACUGAUGUUAUGUUAAAUUAUGGGGUGGGCACGGGAUGGAGUUUUUUGUACGACUACAGCAUAGAUUUGUUUGUUGUGUUUCUCUUCCAACAUUCCUCUGGCGUGAGCACUGAAGAUCUCAUAAACUGAAUGCUAGGUUUAAAUUUAGUUCCUCCAACGCUAAACCACAGAGAUCCAAAUCCAGACAGAAAAACUGCUGCUGGCCGAGUCUGGAAACAUAUGGAGCUAAAAUCACCAAAAACCAAUCAUCUAAUCCUAUUAACCUGUGUGUGAUAAAUCAAAAGGUUUUCGUGUGUGUGUGUGUGUGUAAUGUGGAUGUCAGUGAAUGAGUUAAGUGAAUGUAGUAUGGUAUGUUUGUGAUUUGUUGUUAAUGUUUUUUUUUUGUUUUUUUGACUCCGGUUUUUUGCUUUAAAAUGAAGCAGUUAUUGAAGGAUACAGAGUGUGUGAUUGUGAACAACACAACACACACACACACAGUAAAAACACACAAUUCCUUUUUACCUCUUGAACUCGGCUAUGUUCAUUUUUCUCCAUUUGUCAUAAUUCAUUAUCACUUUCUGAAUAAAGAUUUUAAACCA